AUAACAACUUACCCAAUUUAGUCAAUACAGGAUAUAUAACUCUAAACAUAUAAUAAUGCCCCAAGGUCUUUAAUUAAUAUUUUCUUUUCCUCUCAAAGUCUUUAUUUAACUAUUUGUUCUUAGAAGAAUAUACGUGCUUUGUUUCGAAGGUAUACGAUGAUUCCUUACUUGAGGGAUGAACAAAACUGAAUCACCAAUAUUCUCAUUCUAUCAUACAUGAACUCAAGUGUGUGUGUAUAUAUAUAUAUAUGCAUGCAUGCUUGUAGUAGCAACCACACAAAACACUUAUAAUUAUAUAUAUACUCACCAGUACUUUCUAAUACGACCUACAACUCUACGUACAACACACAUAUAUAUAUACUACUAAAUCCAAAAAUGAGUGGAAAAGGCGGCCAGAAUGUAGACAAUAAAGUAGUUGAGGUCAAAAAUUCAGUAGUGUCUGACGUUGUCGAGGCUCAUCAUGACGUAUCCAAAGACGUGGAGGUUCGUGGCGAUGACAGGCAUAUCGAGCGAUUAAUAUCAGACUUGGAGAAGGAACUUGAGAGUGCAUGGCCGCAGCAGCAGACAUCAAGCAAACAGCAGAUUGUUAAGGUUCCAAGGUCGAUGUCAGCAAAUAAAGACGACGAUAUAUACUAUAAACCAAAAGUGGUAUCCAUUGGUCCAUACCAUUAUGGCAAAGAUGAGCUGAAGCAAAUCCAGGAUUUGAAGCUAGAUUUUGCAAGGGAUCUGUUUUUCCGGGAUGGAAUGAAUAAGCUCAAAGAGUUGUAUAAGAACCUUCAUGACGCAAGUUUGUUGAAAAAGCUAAAGGACUACUAUGAUCCGAAAUCGUUUGAACAUCGUUUCGAUGAUCAGGCGUUUGGUGACAUGAUGUUUUUAGAUGGGUGUUUUAUUAUGUAUUACAUUCUAUUAAGCUGUGGGCGGCAUCCCUUUGAAACGAAAGGAACCUUACUCAAUCACCAGAUGAUGUCUAUUCGUCAAGAUCUCUUCUUGCUCGAGAACCAAAUUCCAUUCACAGUUAUAGAGAUGGUGAAGAAUCAUCUUUCUUCUAAACAAGAUUGUGAAAAGGAUAUCGAACGAUUUAUCGAUCAAAGUACCUUUUCAUCACCCACGGCGACCAAGCCCCCAGCUGAUCCAGCCUGUGAAGUUUAUCAUCUUCUCCAUCUUCUACAACUCAGCCUUACUAAAGAUUGUAAGGCCGACGCUCCUCCAAAAAAUUCAUCCUCGGCAUCAGCUGAUCAUCAUGAUAGUAUGAAUAAGGAUGCUGCAAAAUCCAAUACAUCAUCAUCAUCAUCAAAUAUACUGUCUGCCGCCCAUCAGAUACAGCCGCCGCAACAAUCUUUGCCCAAGGUUAAAGAGCUUAUGAAUGCAGGGAUUCAUUUCAAAGCAAAUAGGACUACGUUGUUGUGUCAGAUCGGUUUCUCUAGACACUGGUAUCAUAUGUUUUCGAGGGCAACCGUAAGACUCCCUCCAGUUAUCAUGGAAGCGUUCACGAAAUAUUUGUUUUUAAACUUGAUGGCUUAUGAAGCAUCCUCUCAUAAACCAAAUGAGAUGUGGGUCACCUCAUACAUAUAUCUGCUUAAUUCUCUUAUCAACAAAUCUGAAGACGUAAAGGCUCUUCGUGAUGCAGGGGUGUUUGCAGACUCCGAGGGGAGCGACGAUGACAUAAGAAACCUUAUCAAGGAUAUAGCUGCAGCCGGUGGAGCAGACCACUCGGCCUAUUUGGACGUCAAGAAUAAAAUUACAAGCUUUCACAACCGAUUCAAAAGUUUUAACCAAUCUAUUUCCGAAUUUAAUGAUAAGUAUUUUAACAGCCCAUGGUCAUUUCUAGCACUUGUGGGAGCAGUCUUGGCUCUUUUUCUUACUGCGGUUCAAACUUACCUCGCCAUGAAAGGCGAGUGUGAUGAUCUUUGCAAGUUCUUGAAGGUAAACCAUCACUUAUAAUAACCUAGCUACAAAAACUGAUUUUAAGUUCUCAAGGAUUUGAUUGUUGAUCUGUUCUUUUAAUUUCUGUGUGCAAUGUACGUACGUUUGUCCAAUUAUAGCUAGUGUCGUCUGUAGUAUACAAUAAACCGCUUGGUAUAUAUUGUGUGUUAUAAUUUGUAUGUUUCUGAGUCAUUUAUUAUGUGUACUUACUAUCCAUCCAAUAAAUCAAUAUUUCUUUUA